AUGCUUGCUAAAGGACAUGAUACCUUCACUCCAAUUAGCUAUGUAAUGACCCUUUUCGAAGGAGAUGUCAUAUKGACAGGUACACCAGAAGGUAUCAGACCUGUAAAGAUUGGUCAGAAGAUAACCGCUGGAAUCACAGGUUUUUCUGAAGUUCAGUUCGAUGUGGGUAGGCGUAACCUCCAAUGA